AUGGCAGACACAAAAGAAAAUGAAGCGGCAGCUAGUCAUACUCUUCUCGAGAUGAAUGAAGCAACAACAACUGGACAACCACCCAAAUAUGGUGCGUUUGAAUCAGAAACACCAGCAUCGGUUGCAAAUCAAUCAUCAGAAACUAUAGUUGUUAGUGUUCCAGAACUAUUCGGUCAUGAUCCUAUGGAAUGUUUAUGUUGGAAUUGUCAUACACGUAUCGUAACUCGUGUAGGAAAAAAAAUUGGUUAUUUACCAUGGAUCGCCUGUAUGGCUCUUGUAACUCUUUGCUGUUGGUGUGGAUGUUGUUUAGUUCCUUUUUGUGUCAAAGAUCUCAAGGAUACAAAUCAUUAUUGCCCGAAAUGUGAAACACUAUUGGCACGCAAGGAACGAAUAUAA